GAGUCGAACAAGAGUCAAUAAAUUCUUACUCAACAGUAAACAAACAAUUACAAUUUUAUUUAAUUGUGAGGAGCCAAUAAAAUGGAAGUGGCAGACGCAAUUAUUCUUGAACCAGAAUGUCGAUUCUGCUAUCCGUGUCGGAAGCAUGUCUGGGGGUCAAGUUGUGGAUGUGUUGACGCUGAACUUUAUCCCUACUUAGGAUUUAAAGAGUACACCGUCUUGCCGUAUAUCGAAAAUCAAAAGUACACGUUCGGAAGCAAGUACACCUCGAGGGAGGACCAAGGUGAAUUUAUCUUUGUCCAGACUACAAAAAAUCCCGGAAAUCUGGCCGAAAUUACCUGUUCAGGUGGAAAUUACUGGAUCACACCGGCCGACAAGCGUGUAGUUUUUGUCAAUGAUCACCAAUUGGAGAAAAAGUGUCGCACGAAACUCAACUAUGGCGACUAGAUAGCUUUACUCGGCAAAGUUCGACCAAGACGUGGAGUUUAUCCAGGGAUUAAACACCAAUUUAUUAAUCGGCCGGGUCGAGAGAUUAAACCACCUGAACGUUUUAAUGGAUUAUUUCUAUUUAAAGAAGGUCAUCGUCCCCCCGAACGAGCAGAAGAAGAGCAUCCGAACAACCCAGAUGAUAAGAACAAUGUGAACUUCACGCCAGGACAAAAUCACCUCAUCUUAUCCCAUAUUUUUUCUUAUUUGCCCUUCAACACUCUCAAAAUGGCACGAUUAGUAUGCAGCAAAUGGGACGACGAAGCUGCUCGGAUUCUAAAGAAAAAAUCCACCGUUUCCUUCAAAUUCCGAGACUGGGACGGGGAUGACGGCCCAAUCGAGUCGACGAAGGUGCUUCGAUACGUUAAAGAAAUGAAAAACCUGCAACCGCCCAGUUUGAACUUGAACCUCCCGUCUUCCAUGAUAGAAAUUGAUCAACAACAAGAAUUACUCGUAAAACUCGUCGACGAUCUGAAUUGGUUACUGUUGGAUCGAGGUAAUCACAUCACCCGGUUGAAUUUGGGUGGACCAAUCUUUUUAGCAUCCGAUUACAAGAACAAUCUCGGCAUUCUUAUCAAACUCCAAGGAACCCUUCGUGACUUGGAGUUAUCUUGGUUUCUCUGCUCAGAGGAUGAAUCCAGUGAUGGCUAUGAAUUUCCAACGGAGAACCUCCAUCUUAACAAGCUCGAAGGAUUUACCUUGUCGGUAAAGUACGAUCUCGAACCUCCUAUCGCCAUCAUAUCCUCCUGGGCGGCGGCAGUUCAAGGCGUUAAAACCCUCCAACUUAAUGGCGAAGAUUUUGAAUUCGCCAACUGUUUGCUACAAUAUGAACGACCCUUCCCAAACUUGGAAGCUUUUAUUGGCCGAUCGAUAGGACAAAUCGUUCUUGACUUGCUCUUGAAGUUAACUAACCCAUUGAAGACGUUGAAACUGAGUAGUUUGCAAUCUUUGAAACGCCGAGAGAAUUUCGUCAGGUUGGAAAACUUAAUCCAAAAGCACGCCGACACAUUGGAAGAAAUGCACUUCAUUUAUGACGACCUCCCGCGAGACGAGGCUAUGCACCUCCCCAUUCUUCCCCGGCUGAGAAUUCUUUCCGUCGGAUGGAGGCAAUUGAGCGACUUGAAGAUUACUUUCCCUUCUGGGCAUGAUAACGACGAUGUCCUCGACUAUGAGAGGCACCUUCCCAGACUUGAAGCCCUUUCACUAUCAAUGUUCGCACAUCCCCUUAUGUCAACUCAUUCAUGGGAAGGUGAACGCGGCACACUUGAGAUUUUUUUCCCAACACGUGACAGCGAUGGGGUGCCGAUUGUGACGAGAUGUGUCACGUUGAGGAAACUUGAUCCACGUAUCUACGUCAUGCAUACCACUAGAUUACUAACAAUGCGAUGCCGUGAAGUGUUUAUCGCAAAUCUUGAUGAGACUAACUUUAUUUUGUAGUUAAACUAAUAUUAUUAAACAGUUGUUUUGUCAUUUUCGAUAAUGCUCAACAUAUUUCUCACAAUUUGACCUCAAAGUUGAAAAAAAUGCUCAUUUUCACUGGGCGAGGUCAAUCACUUUCAUGCCCAACUCGCUCAACUCUUCCAGCCUUCCACUCAACUCACUCCAGUCUGAACUUUUAGGAUUUUUUUUGUAAUUCGUCUCAUUAUUUUCAUUAAAGGAUUAUUAUUACUCGUUAACAAUAAUUUAUUAUUAGAAUGGAUAGUAUUAACUUACUCUGUGUAUCAAAAAUAUUAGUUGUAAAAAUCGAAGAAUACUUUAGUUAUGAGUAUAGGGAACCAACGGAUGAAGAAAUUGUAAUUGGCAACCUACUACUUGAUAAAUUGUGCGAAUUAGUACAUGACUAUGUAUUCGUAAAAGAUGAGGAAUUUACCAACGGUAUGCUAUUUCGAAUUGUUUGAUGACCAAUUUUUUUUAAACAUUAUCACGGGUACACUAUAUUUAUUACUUUAUAGAUGCUGAUGAAGUACUUUGUAGUUUGGAACCAUACAUAGAUGAAAAUGGUUUAAAGAUUGUGGAUGACGAUGUGAGUAUGGAAUACAAGAAGAAAGCAGUAGAAAUAUUCAACAACAACAAGGCCUGGAAAUUUCGCACAUUUCGGCAACAAUUCAAAAAUGUUAAACACCAUAAUUAUAUAAAGAGAUGGAGAGAUCAAAUCGAUAUGGGUAAAUCGGUUUUAUAACUUUAUUCAUAAAUGAGAUAUGACAAAAUGAACUUAUUAUGAAUACAAUGAUAUUAGGUGGUACCAAGUUCACAAUAAUGCGUGAGAUUGAAAACUUUGUUCUUGAACGGUUUCGAGAAGCUAGGACUGGAUUUCUUCCUAUACACACAAUCGACAUUAGACGAUGGGCUUUAAUAAAGGCAAAGGAGUAUCCUGGCUUUAAUUUUAAAGCUUGCGAUACAUGGAUCAGCACGUUCAAACGACGAAAUAGAAUUUCAUCUAGAAAAGUUCAAAAACUUGUCAAGAGAUCAACAGUGAAGGAGAUGGACCAAAUUCUUCAACAAACAGAAAAUUUUCGACACCAUAUCCAACCACUAUUGAAUAUUUAUGAAAAAGAAAAUAUCUGGAACACGGACCAAACUGGAUUUAAGUACGAAAUUUUGUCUAAUCGAACUUUAACAUGGAAAGGAGAAAGAACAACCAUCGGGACUGCAUUCUCACCGAAGAAUAAGGUCACGCAUUCGUACACCGUCCAAUAUAUUAUUGCCUAUAAUGGCUCAAUUCUUCCUCAGGUGUAUGUUUGUUUACAAGUAUGUGGACUUUAAAUUAAUUUCGACUCUGUACUGAUAACUAGAUUUUUAUCUAACAUAAUUUUAAAUAGGAAAUAGGUGGAACAUUUGGCCCCGUAGUACAAAGAAGUAUAUUUACUGCCCCAAAUUUAGUCAUUGCUUCAAGCAAAUCAGGAAAAUUAAGCAACACUUUAGUAGCGGAUUUUUUGGACAGAAUGGUCGUGCCACAUGCUGAAUAUAAUCAAAUUCUUUAUAUAUUGGACAAUUGGACUGGACAAACUAAUAUGCAGUUGUACGACGAAAGGUUUGAAGAUAAAGAGACCUUAGACUUCAAUCUAAAAUUUGUUCCGGAAGGCUGCACGGACCUUUGCCAACCAUUGGAUACGUAUUUUCAUCGACAGUUGAAAUUUAUUGUAAAACAGUUUUACUACUUUGACUCCUUGCAUUGUCCUCAUGAACAAGAAUUGUCAGAAUUGUGCACACGUAAUGGAAUUUUAAAACUCCAGUCAUUGGUUCACUUUCUCUUAAGUGCACCAGUGUUUUUACCAAUGAUUCGUUAUUGUUGGUACUCGAGUGGGUUGUGGGCUGAUGGUGAAAAACCUAACUUUAAAAAUGUCAGUGAAGUUUGUUUUCAAUCCAAAGGGACUGAUUGUAGCGUAUUUGACUGUAAUGUUGUUCCAUUCAUUAGUUGCAGUUGGUGCAAAUUUUCUUUUUGUUUUAAUCAUUUUUAUAUUAAUUAUCACAUGAGUAGUUGUACUAAAAGUCCAUAUAAUUAAUAAUCGUUGGCAUUUAUUGAAUUAAAAUGUAUUGUAUUAAAAUGUAAUAAAGUUUUAAAGAAAGCAAAAGCGAAAAAUGCGAGUUGAGUGAGAAAGCGGGCUGAGCGAGAGUGAGCGAGUUGAGCGUGAAAGUGAUUGACCUCGCCUUGUGAAAAUGAGCAUUUUUUUCAACUUUGAGGUCAAAUUGUGAGAAAUAUGUUGAGCAUUAUCGAAAAUGACAAAACAACUGUUUAAUAAUAUUAGCUUAACUACAAAAUAAAGUUAGUCUCAUCAAGAUUGGCGAUGAACACUUCACGGCAUCGCAUUGUAAGUGUUUCGUCGCAAAGCCCGAAGCUCCCUGCCGACUUCCCGCUCACCGACAUGUUUCCGAACGUGUGGAAUGAUUGGAUGACGACGCGAAGGAAGGAGGAGGCAUCCGACCCAUCAGUCAAGGAUCCACUAUCUGCGACCAGUGCUUGCAGUGGGGACGGAAAAGCGAACUCCGAGACGGUAAAAGGAUAACGCGAGUGCCACCAAGUUAAAUAUGAUGAACUUCAAUUUGCAUAGAAAAAAAACAUUCAUGUCUUACGACUUUCUGUGUUACCAUGCUUUUUAUAUUAUUCAUUCGAUAUGUAGUUUUGAUUUGACUUUUUGUUAUAUGAAAUUAAUAAAAAUGUGUACUCAAUGAACA